CUGCUGGGGAGAAGGGAGACUUCAGCUUCUACUGAGAGGAUAUGGAGGGUUUCUCCUUGCAGAGACCCAGGCAGCACACCUUGCCUCCCUUCUCCAACAGGACCCUGAACCACCCGUCUUUCAUGCCUGUGUACAUGGCUGCAGGCUUAGCACACCAGGAUGGCGAUUGCAGCCAAACAGUCCAUCCCCUCGGCCCCGAAGACUUUUUCUACUCUGAUCCCAACGUGACCUGUGGAAGGAUCCCCAACGUUGUAAGUGAUUUGAAGGUUUUCGAGUGCUUUAAGCUCAACACUCCACCACCACUUAUGUCCGCCUGCCCGGCUCCCCCACCCUGUCCAGACCCAUUCAGAUUUGGAACAAACCCGACCAGGAAUCUGGGCCUGUCCACGGCUGAAUAA